AAUGAAAGUUAUAUCCGCCAUCUCCAAACGUCAAACAUUGACAUUUGCCAAAUGCGAAAUGACAGAGCUUUGUAAUAUUUGACUUUUUGGUGGGCUUGAGGUUAUAAAAAGUUGUGUUUACCGCUUGUGUAUGUGAAUUAAUUGAUAUCUAUACAACACAGUUCCCAGUUUAGCCUAAAACAAGUGUAGUCUCUAAAAAGUAAACAAUUAUUUUCAUCAAUUAAUAAUGGCACGGAAUGCAGAAAAAGCUAUGACUACCUUGGCCAGAUGGCGGGCUGCACAGGUACAAGAAGCAGGAGGACAGAGGGAGCGGAGACCAUAUCUUGCAUCAGAGUGCACAGAUUUACCACAAGCAGAAAAAUGGAGACUGCAGAUUGUUAGAGAAAUUGCCAAAAAAGUUGCACAGAUACAGAAUGCCGGUCUUGGCGAGUUUCGGAUACGAGACUUGAAUGAUGAGAUCAACAAGCUCAUGCGGGAGAAACGUCAUUGGGAAGUUCAAAUAAAGUCAUUGGGCGGCCCAGACCAUGCUCGCGUUGGACCAAAAAUGCUUGACCAAGAUGGUAAAGAAGUACCCGGUAACAGAGGCUACAAGUACUUCGGAGCUGCUAAAGAUUUACCAGGAGUACGUGAGCUGUUCGAACAAGAACCUCCUCCGCCACCGAGAAGAACGCGCGCGGACCUCAUGAGGGACGUGGACGCGGACUACUACGGGUACAGAGACGAUGACGACGGUCUCUUGAUGCCGCUCGAGCAGGAAGCUGAGAAAGAAGCCAUAGCAAGAGCAGUAGCUGAAUGGAAGAGGAAUAAAGAGGAAAACAAAGAUCAAGAUUUGCCAGAAGAAGAAAACAUUUAUCCAGAAGAUCCGGACGAUAAGAGAAUUGAAGAGGAGGAUGAGAAUGGCGAGCCAGUCCGGCAAGUAGUGACGUCACACGUAGCUGUACCAUCGCAAAAGGACAUAGAAGAAGCGCUGCUACGGCGGAAGAAACAAGAGUUGUUGGAGAAGUACGGCUGUAUGGAUAUCAAGCUGGAACAAAGCUGACCAGCACUUACAUAGUAUAAUAAAUAAGUUUUUUUUUCAAACUCAUCUUUUAAUAACGUCAUCAGAGGUCA